UGUUAUUAGAUGUUGUGUGUUGACGAGUUUGUUCGUUUGUGAGUUUAAUGGUUUCUGUUGUUGUUUUCGUUCUUCUUGUCGUUGUUGUUUUGGCUUGAAAGGGAGGAAUCCUGACACUUGUUUUUAAGAAUUCUAGUCGUUUGUUUCGAUGACAUUCUCUGGUUCUGAGGGUUUAUGAAAUUCUUGAUCUUUUGUAAAUCUUUACGGGUUCAAACUUUUGUGGAGUGGUCUUCUUAUUUGGGAGUAUUUUGUCGCUCUUCGCUUCUUUUUCGGGGCCCAAGUGGGGAAAUCUGAGAUUUUACAUGGAGGUUUAUUCUCUUUUUUUUAGUGUUAUUUUCUCUUUUGAAUCUGAAUUGGGUUAAUGGGAGUUGGAUUUUUUAGAUCUUUUGGAAAAUGGAAGCUUUUUUUUCUUUUGCCUCCCAAUCUUGGGUUCUAGGGUUCAUCUGCUGGAUCUCCUUUUUGUCAUUCAAAUUGACAAACGGCCCUCGAAUCUAUUUAUAUGAUCGAUUUUCCUAAGAACCGAGUCAUGAGGCUUAGAUUGGGGCUCUUUUGUUAUUUGGCAUAAGGAUCACAGCGGAAGCAGAUACCAAUGAGCUGGGAUGCUCGAGUUUUGUUAUUUGACAUGAGAUCUUCUUUGUCUUUCGAGAAGUGGUAGAUAGAUUCUUGUUCUUAAUUUUCUUUCUUCUUCCAUUGAUGUGUUUUCGUUUAAUCUGCAAAGGUGAUGACUGGGGUUUGUUGUGCAACGCUCCGGAAGCUUAAGCUUGGGAUCUGCCGAUCAAUGGAUUGAAUGAAGCUUUCUAGUUCAGAUGUUAAGAGCAUUGUGCCAUGGGAUUCUUAUUUUCUCCCUCUUGUUCUCCGCAUCCGCCGCCAUUGAGAUCGGACGUUGCAACUGCGAUGGUGACAGCCUCUGGAGCAUUGAGACCAUCCUCCAAUGUCAGAAAGUAAGCGACUUCUUGAUCGCGGCGGCUUACUUCUCAAUACCCCUCGAGCUUAUCUACUUUGCAGCAUGCUCCAACCUCCUGCCCUUCAAAUGGAUUGUGUUCCUGUUUGGGUCCUUCAUAGUCCUUUGUGGACUGACCCACCUGCUCAAUGUGUUCACCUACGAGCCCCACUCGUUCCUUCUGAUGCUGUGCCUCACUGUUUCCAAAUUCUUCACUGCACUUGUCUCGUCUGCGACAUCGAUCACCCUCUUGACCUUGAUCCCUCAGCUCCUGAGAGUGAAGGUGAGGGAGAACUUCUUGAGGAUAAAAGCUUGGGAGCUGGACAGGGAGGUCGGAAAGAUGAAGAGGCAGGAGGAAGCCAGCUGGCAUGUGCGAAUGCUGACACAGGAGAUCCGCAAGUCGCUUGACAGGCAUACAAUCUUGUACACCACUUUGGUCGAGCUCUCGAAGACAUUGGGGCUGCAGAAUUGUGCUGUGUGGAUGCCUAAUGAGAAGAAAAGGGAGAUGAACCUGACUCAUGAGUUGAGACAGAGAAACUCAUCCAGUUUGUACAGUCACUCGAUUGCAAUUGAUGAUCCAGAUGUAAUGGAGAUUAAAGAAACCAAAGGUGUGAAGAUACUGAGGCCAGACUCCAUGCUUGCUGCUGCAAGUAGUGCAAGUGUGCUCGAACCGGGAGCUGUUGCUGCUAUACGAAUGCCGAUGUUAAAGGUUUCCAAUUUCAAAGGUGGGACACCAGAGAUUGUUGAAGCAAGCUAUGCGAUACUGGUUUUGGUCCUCCCUAGAGAUGAUUCGAGGGUUUGGAGCUCCCAGGAACUAGAGAUUGUUGAGGUAGUGGCGGAUCAGGUUGCUGUUGCCCUCUCUCAUGCAGCAGUUUUGGAGGAAUCGCAGAUGAUGAGAGACAAACUGAUGGAGCAGAACAGGACUUUGCUGCAUGCGAAGCAGAGUGCCAUGAUGGCAAGUGAAGCAAGGAACUCAUUUCAAAGAGCCAUGAGCCAGGGAAUGAGGAGACCCAUCCACUCCAUCUUGGGUAUAUUGUCGAUGAUGCAACAGGAAAAAUUGAGCCAAGAACAAAGGCUUGUAGUUGAUACGAUGGCAAUAACUGGUAGUGUCAUUUCAACAUUGAUUAAUGAUGUUAUGGACACAUCUACUAUCGACAGUGAGCGCUUAUCUUUGAUUAUGAGACCCUUCCAGCUGCAUUCUAUGAUUAAGGAAGCUGCUAGUGUUGCAAGAUGUCUUUGUGAUUGUAGAGGUUUUGGUUUUGAAUUUCAGGUUGACAAUGCAGUGCCCGAUCGGGUUGUUGGUGAUGAGAAGCGGAUUUUUCAUGUAAUAUUGCAUAUGUUAGCUACUCUAUUAGAUGGUCGUGAUGAAGGAUUUGUCACGUUCCGGGUGCUUAGUUAUUAUGGGGACAAGGAUGGUCAAGAUCAGGAAUGGGUUCCAUGGAGAUCAAGAUUUUCUGAUGGGUAUGCCUGCGUGAAGUUCGAAAUUAGUAUUAAAAAAGCUCCAAGUGAUGAGCCAAGUUCAUCAACAGUUCAACUUGCUCCAAAACCCAAUUCUGAAGGGUUUGAGAUGGGCCUCAACUUCAACCUAUGCAAGAAGCUUGUGCAGAUGAUGCAAGGAAACAUUUGGGCAGUUCCAAAUUCCCAAGGCAUUGCAGAAAGCAUUACACUUGUCAUCCAGCUCCAGCUGCAGCCUCUCAGCCCAGUCUCUGAUGUGGGAGAAGCCGCAGGUCUCUAUCGGACAUCUUCAGCACCUAAUUUCAAAGGCCUCAGAGUUCUCUUGGCUGAAAACGAUGAUAUCAACAGAGCUGUCACUGGAAAGCUCCUCGAGAAACUAGGUUGCUCUGUCUCCUCCGUUGCAUCUGGCAUCGAAUGCCUCAACUCCUUUGGCAAUGCUGCUACACCUUUCCAACUCGUAAUCAUGGACCUUGACAUGCCCAAAAUGGAUGUUUUUGAAGUAGCAAUGAGAAUCCGAAAGUCUAGGAGCAGGUGCUGGCCUUCGAUUGUGGCUCUGACUGCGAGUGCCGGGGAUGAUGUUUGGGUGAAGUGCUUGCAGUCUGGGAUGAAUGGCCUGAUCCGAAAACCAGUCACUCUACAGUCUAUGGGAGAAGAGCUCUACAGAGUCCUACAAAACACGUAGGUAAGGAUAGUUCUCCAUUCUGGGGAGGAGAGCAUCCUUAGCUCCCACUCUCCAUUUACCCCUCAAAAAAAUAAAUAAAAAAAAAUUGAUAGUGCUCCAAUCUGGGAUUAAUGCAGCAGAGAUUCUGUUUUGGGUUAACUGGGAUUUUGGUAGUACGAUCAUUAUACAAGUUGUUUGCACACAGAAGACGUAUACAAAGUUCAGAUAGUGAUUUUUCAUUUCGCCAUAUGUGAACGUAUCAUACACUUAAAACUGAAGACCAAAUGCAGAUAAUCAUCCCAAUCAAUUUCAAAUAUUUUUUUGUUC